AUGGAUGAGUACUUAAAGAGAAUAGAAGUUCGCAAGAUUGAAGAAAAUUCAGAGACUCUUUCAUACCGCAUAAACCACAUAGACCCGUCGGUUCUUAACGCACUGCGCCGCACUAUUAUCUCCGACACACAGACCGUAGCCAUACACUGGGUUUAUAUAAGAGAAAACGAGACAGUAAUGGCGGAUGAGAUACUGGCGCACAGGAUAGGGCUAAUCCCAGUCAUAGCCCACCCAUCGAUAAUCAGCCCGAUAGAAAAGAACAACAUUUUCAAUCCUGACACCGAUCUAACAGAUGAAAACUCGAUUUUUAUGGAGUUGGCAGUUGAAAAUAAAACGGACAAAAUACUCUCGGUGUAUUCAGACGACAUAAAAAUAGGCUCCAGCAAAAACAUACAGCUGAAGAGCAAAGUAUUCAUCACCAGACUGGCUCCGCAUAAAAGAAUAGAGUGCAGACUGUAUGCAAUCCUGGGCACAGGCAGAGACCACUCUAAGUGGAUGCCAACUUCUGUGUGCUACUACAGAUGCAUCAAGCAGAUAGAGCUGAAAGACCCCAGCAGAGCACAGGAGAUAAAGAAGUAUUUCAGAGACGGAUUUUCAGUGGAUGAAAAUGGCCCUCAGGUAGAUGAGGACAAAUUGUUGGUCAACAUGGAUGUGCUAAAAAAGCACCCAGACAUAGUGAACAUCCAGACAAAAGAGGACUCGUUCCUAUUUGAGAUAGAGACUAUCUCAGAGUCCCCAAAAGAGAUCGUGAAAAGAGGAUUCGCUGCGCUGCGCGAGAAUCUAAAGGAGCUAGAGACAGCUGCAAACAGAGAGUAG